CGUGGCGGCGCGGCCAAGCUGUCCUGUAGCAAAAAGCGGCAGAUCCGUCACUUUUCAGCGAUUUUCAGGCUGGUUUUCGUUGACUGAGUUGGAUGAUCUGGUGCCUAUUCUUUCCUGCCGGAAGCCGGAAGGUGUGUGCGUAUUUCUUCACCUGCUGGCUCGUCAACCGCAGCCUCGACAUGAUCGUCACUGUCCUCUACUGCGUCGGCUUUGCCAUCAUUUGCGAUGCCGUCAACCGCUACUGCAAGAGACGACUCGAGGAGAAGGAGUGGACCUUCACACAAAGUAAGUCAGCCACAUGUGGCAGCCAGCCGAACACGCAGGCAGAAUCCUCAUGUGUGAGCGCUACACCACACUGCGGGGUGGGUGUGGUGUUUGAGUCAGGUGACUUUCGCGACGGCAGGGAGGCAGGAACGAGGCAGGGCGGCAGGCGUGUGGCCAUCGUGACGGGCGCCAAUAGCGGCAUCGGUCUGGCCCUGGUAGAGCAGCUGGUGGCGUGCGGCCUCCACGUCGUCCUUGCCUGCCGGAACGUGGCCAAGGCGCAGCGGGCCAUUGACACCGUGGCUGAGAGGCUGGCUGGUAAGGACCAUCACGGCAGCAUGGAGAUCCUGCAGGUGGACGUGUCGUCCCCCGCGUCCUGCCUCGCCGCUGCCGCUGAGGUGCGGAAGCGCCACCCCAAGAUCGGCUUCCUCUUCUGCAAUGCGGGCGUGGUGCAGUACGGCAGCCAGCGGCUCUCCCUGUUUCUCCAGCUGACCUCUCUCGACCGCAUCCGGACCUUCUUCAAUCUGUCACGCGUGACGCCCGAGGGCCCCUGCUUCAUCGAAGAGCGGCCCGGCGUGGUGACGGCCGAGGGCUACGGGACGUCGUUCGCCACUCAUGUGCUGGGCCACUAUGUGCUGGUGCGGCAGCUGGAGCAGGCUCUCGAGGCUGGCAACGGGUGUUUGGUGUGGACGGGGAGCAGGGGCUCGAGCAACCAGUGGAUUGUCAAGGGCGAGCACCUCAAGGACCCCAUGUGUGUGACGGGCGACGAGCCCUACGGAUACACCAAACACCUUCAAGUGAGAUUGAUGCUGACAAACAAACCAACACACGUGGACGCUUGUUGGGUGUGCCCCUUUGUGUGUUGUGUGUUGUGUGGACACAGGACACGUUGAGUGUGGCUCUCAACCGUGAGUGGUGUGCUCGUGGUCGGUGUGUGCGGAGCUACGUGGGCUGCCCCGGUGUGGUGCUGACGGAGCUGCCGCCGCCGGCCCUCCUGCUGCUCAAGCCCAUCGUGUGGGCCAUAGCCUUCGUGCUCCCCAUGUGGCGCAUCUCGCCGCAGAGGGGCGCGGCCGUCCUGCUGCACCUGGCAUCCCUCAAGGGCACACCUACCCCUGCAGUGAGGCACCAGGUGCGGGAGGGCGAUGGACGGCAGGCGGCCCUUGACAAGAAGUAUGUCAUGGAGUUCGCCGAGCGGGUGGGGGCGGCGGAGGUGGGCCAGGGCCACUGGGCGGCCACCGAUGACGAGCAGCAGUGGCUGGUGGGGUACCUCGAGGAGCUGCUGAGCCAGAGGGGCAAGGGCGGCGCUGGUGCUGGUUCUGCUGCGGAGGGGGAGGAGGAGGAGUGGAAGCUCCUGUAGCCUAGCUGUCCAGACGGAAUGACCAAAUGUAGCCUGCAGCAAGCUGAUAGUGUGUGGCUGACUGACUGAUGGACAGACCGAGCUCAUCUCAUUGAUGUGUGGCCGGCAGGCAGAGCAGGGAGGGGAAUUACAUACACAUGACAUGUGCCUGUCUGUCUGUCUGCCUGUCUGUCUGUACGACUUGUGCGUGUGAUGCGAGUAGCCCUGUGGCCGAGGCGAGGCGAGGCGAGCCAGCCGUCCGUUUUUCGUUUUUUUGGUCCUCUUGAUUGAAGUUGCCGAUGAAUGCGAUGCGAUGCAUUGACUGACUGAUAUAAUUCCUGGCUGAUGGGGCGGAGGGGUGGUGGAUGGUGGAUGGACACAUGCGUUUUUGUUUGACUUUAUUUAUUGUACUCCUCUCUCUAUGC